UUCUCAUUGUGAAAUACCUCAUUUCAACCUACCUAGUUGAGCAUGCAGUUGAAUUGUAAUGACUAGUGGGAUGAAAAGGAGCCCCUCCCCCGCCAAAAUGGCGCAGGGCUACCUCCUUCGUAGGUUCGGGGCUGACAAUGGACAAAUUGACCAGACCAGUCAAUCCAGCCAUUUGGAGGAGACCACGAAUUUUGUAGGCCACAACCGGCGUCAACGUGGCAGGGAGGCGACGACGGCCCCAAUUCUCCCGCUCUCAACUAGACAUGGUCCCCAUUUUUCCCGGCUCUAUCGUAUGAUAUUCAAAGCACUUCUUGUCUCUACUAGCCCAGACAUCGCAUGGUUCCAGACCACGGCCACGUGGGAAUGCACACUAAGUAACUUCGGCUGCCUAGGGAUGUUGACCUCUGGACUUGGACUUGGAGCCUACAAGACGGCAUAGGUAAUCCCCGUGUCUAACUCAGUGCCAGUCCAUGCCAUUGCAUUUUGAAUUGUAGGCGUACUUUCGAGCGAUAUGCAUUUGCUCACCUACCCAUACACACCUGAAUGAACGUAUAAUGCUUAGGCAAGAUGGCGUCUUCGCGAUCUGACCACUCCACCUCAACCACAAUAUCGACAUCGCCCUCCUCCCCAGCAGCCGCCGGCGGCCCACCUUCGUCAUCCCGACUCAUCUGCCCUUCUCGCUUGCCACUGCCGCCUAUAUCCCUACCAAAUACCUCGUCCGUUUCUCUUGUGUCAAGCACCGCCCAGGGGCGACCCAUCCCUUUGAGCGAUGCCAACGCCGCUGAUGGCACUACCGCCCUCAGAGAGCUCAGCCGUUCCCAGCCUAUCGUUCGCCACCCGCACACUAAGACCUCCGGCCCGCCCCCGAGUACAGCUGGCACCACCACUGGCACAACCACCGGUACCUAUUCUCAGCCCGUCUUAGUACGCACAUACUCUGGGCCUCUCUCCUCGUCCACACGAGUCCGCUCUGGUUCUCGAAGAGAUGCCAUAGCCGGUGUUCAAGGGAAGUCUAAAGCCCCCGCUCCCAAUGGCCGCCCUUCCGGCCGUCGCGGUUUCGGCGUGACUCUCAUCCGCCCACUUCUGAACAAGAAACCAUCGCUCGGAGACGAUGCAAAGCUCCCACCACUCGAGGCCUUUAGCUUCAAGAAUAUAAUGGCAGAGAUAGAGCAAGAUAUCGGUGCUGAUUUGGAUCGCAUUGCGGAUAUAUGUGCGCGGUCGCGGUACUCUUUGAGCAACCAGUAUGAAAUUCAUGUAGCUCCUCACGGUUCUGGCACUAGCUUCGCACCAGGAGGGGUGGCCGUAGUGUCUGUCGAUCCACCAACUCAUGAUAAUAGCGGCCCUACUCUGCAAGCUAUAUCCAUCGACGAGGAGCAUAGUGGAGUCAACAACGGAAGGGGGGUUCUGGUUCGGCGGAGGAGCGCGGCAUACGGCACACUGGAGACCAUCAUCAGCUCCAGCCGGUCUUCGGAUGAAGACAGAAGUAAGAGGAAGUCAGCCGCCGAGAUCGCGGCUCAAGUACGCGGCCGUGUCCCGCACUCAAGUCCAGAAGGUAGCGGGAGUACUCACAACGCUAAGACCGGAGCCAGUAGCGAACUCUAUGGCAAGCGAACAGGUCAGUCUUCAAAAACACGGCCUGCUCUAGCAGUAGCUAUCUUUGCCCCUCGAACGACGAAGAGGGAUCUGGUAGGGGAACCUGCUACCCCUGAGACAUCUCGUAACCAUCUUGUUAGCACAACCGCGGCCGAAGGGGCGGCCCCGGAGGAUAAUGGCAUUGGGUUUCUUGGGAAAGAGCGGGUUUCGGUUUCUGUGUCUAAUUCGGUAGCUGCUGCUGCCAUUACGGCCCCGGAAGAUCCGAGAGACCAACACAGGCUUUUGGGCAGUUUUAGAUUCGGUAUUUCCUGGAAAGGGCCAUCCUCAACGAAUGUCAAUUCAACACCACAGAGGCCAGAUAGGAUUAAGAGUUACGCGGAGGGCACCUUGCGUCAGUUAUUGAGGAUCUCCGAGCCAUCUGGUAGUCGAGGAGGAAAGUCCACCAGUCAAGAAGGUGGGCUGGCAGGAUAACAUGCGUUGUUGCUGAUGUUGAACUAACUCAAACUUUCAUAUACAACACAUAGCCCUAGGAAAUUCUGCACCAACUUCUGUAACACAACCUACCUGCUUCUAGAGGAAAUACAGUAUACUAUCGCGGGCG